GAAUUUAUUGCCUUCCUAUUAACAUUGUAAACGACGCGAAAAUUAAUUCGACAAAUCGACGUUGUCGGUGGUGGAGACUUGAUUGAGGUGUUGCUUGCGCCACGUCCUCGCGUUGUUCCUUCUCAGCACGUCGCUGACGAACGAAUUGGCCUCUUCUCUGUCCUUGCAGUUUUUCGACCGGCGCCUGAUCAUCCAAUGGCCGGUGAUGCUCUCGGCGCCGUCGCAGAUCCGGCACUCUCCCAGGAAAUUCGCGAUUUUCUUACCUUUGUUGGACACCGCGGUGAUGGCCACCAAAGAGGAGUGCCUGAAGGGCACCAUCGAGGUGGCGUUCCAAGUGCCUUCGGCCAGGAACCCGUUCGUCGGAGGGUCCUGCGGCACGAUUUUUACAGUGGGAUUGUUCGGGUGCAGCCUGCUAUAGAACCUGAUCUGCAUGCCUCCGGCGAAGCUGUCGAAAUCUCCUGUUAUGUUGCACAAGCUGGCGUCUCCUUCGGACGUUUUGGCGGCGUUCUCGUACCUAAUCAGCUCCUGGACGUCCUUCAUCACUUUGCCCAGCAGCUCCUUUCUCUGCGUGGUCGUUUCCUCUUGGUCCAAUUCGUAGUCGUCGGUUUCGAUUUUGUCGUAAUCGCCUGCGGUGCACGUGGAGGAAUCAUUCAGCGAUUGUGUCGUCGAUGCUGAUGAUUCGGACUGAUUAACAAACUUCGUACUCGAUGAAGUUGAUGACGAAUAAGACGAAAUAGUAGUUGAUGCGGUGGAGGUCGAUGAGGCAUCGCCUGCAGAUCUGGUUUUACGAGCUUUCCGUUUGAAUUUCUCGAUGAAUUUUCGCAGAUUUUCGCUCAACGGUUGCGACUUUAGGUACUCCUUUUCCCUUUGCAGCAAAUGCCGUUUGGCUCUUUCGAUUAUUUCUCGUUCGGGCCGUUUGGUUUCGAUGGUCAAUAACGAGAAGCACAGUAGAACGGAAAUGUGUCGAUAUAAAUGCAUGAUGUACCGUUUAAGUCAAAACUGACAACUUUUGUUAUGUGCAAUUCAUUGCGAAUCGUAUUGAUCUUUACAUAUUUUCUAUUUUUUACUAAUUGUUUGUUGGAGUCGCAUUUUGCCGAUGAGGAUAUAUUCAAAAUAGUGAAGAGGAAUUUGAUAUGCAGAGAGAAGGAGUACUUGAAAACCAGACCGUUGAGCGAGAAUUUGAAGGAUUUCAUCAAAAGAGCCAAAAGGCACAAUAAAGGUAAACGCAACAAAGAUGUUAUACAAGAGAAAAUGUAUAUUUUAAAAGGUGGCGAGGUCGUUCCCUUCAAGCAACUCAACAUUAGAGAUACGGGCGAAUACAACACCAAAGGGGAUGCUUUAUUACAAGGAAGAUUCACCGUAGUACCGUUGAUAAUACCUAGAGAGAAUACCUCCAGCGAAAUCGACCAAGAAACUACUUGCAUCGAUGACGAAGAAAUGACUACAAACACUACCACUACUUCCAACACCACAGCCUUAGAAAAAGUAACAGACGAGUACGAUAUGGUACCCAUCGAGGCAACCACCAAAGGAGAACUCAUAGGUAAAGUCAUCAAAGACAUCAAGGAAUUGGUGAAUUUCGAACGAAAAUCGCGACCCCAAGGGGAAGCCAGCUUGUGCAACGUCACCGGCGAUUGGGACAGCUUCGCCGGGGGCAUGCAGCUGCGCAUCACCUUCGCCUUCGCCAAUCCCACGCCGAAGGUGCCCAGAAUCGCGAUAGUACCGCUCGAACCUCCCGGCGAGGGGUUCCUGACCGACAACACCUGGAACGCCACGGGCAUAUCGCCCUUUCCCAAUUCCUCGAUGAUCUCGCUCACCAUGGUCUCGUCCACGUCGAAGAAGAUCGCCACGUUUCUCGGAGAAUGCAGAAUAUGCGACGGCUCGGAGAGCGUGACGGGUUUCUGGAUGCUGAGGCGCAGAUCUAAAAAUUGCAAGGACAGGGAGGAGGCGAACGCCUUCUUCAGCGACGUGCUGAGGAAGAACAACGUGAGGAGGUUGCAGCACGAGCACUUGGAGGAAAUCGCCUCCACCAUUGCGCCCUUAGAUUGAAUGGAAAUUGGGCCAGUAACAGUAAUAAUUGCUUCUGAAGUAUGUAUUAUAAAGGGUCAACACAUGGGGAUUUUUAAUAAACUUGUAGUACUAGCCAAAAUAAAGUAAUGGAUAUUUAAUAAAAUUUAUAAAAUCUAAAAUAUUUAUUGAUAGUAUUAAGUAAUAAAAAUUUCUUAUAAUGCACAUAAUACGACUGGAUAGUAUAAAUAUCCAUAUAAAAAUCACAUUCUAUACAUGUUUGGUAUAUUAGCUGUAUCAUCAGAAUUGAUAUAUAUUCUGAAAUAACAGAAAACAAUAAAUUUUCUGGGUAAAUAUAAUGUAAAAUAAAUAAAUAUAACAAAAUUAAAUAUUUGCUAAACAAGAUACAAGGUUUAUUAUAAUUAAGUCGAUUUAAAUUGAGUAAAUAUAGGAAAAUUAAGAAUUUUUCUCAACUAACAAACUACUCGAACAUAACAUGUUAUUAUUAAAUUUUUACACUGUGCAAAAUUGUUUAAUAUGCGAUAAUUAACAUCAUUUUGUAUUGCAUUUAAUUGCCCUACUUAUGUGCUAUAACAUCCAACGUAAUCUUGACUGGGUAAUUAGUAUUCUCGUUUCUUCAUAAAUCUUAUUAAAUGGGUAGAAUCUUUUUUACCUACUCUAAAUUAAAAGUUGGACACGUUAACAAUAGAUUUGCUAGUUGAGAAUCAUUUUAAUUAUCUUGCACACGCCGGUAAAUAAAUAAAAAUAAAUUAUUACACUUUUUCCCACUUCCAAUCGCCCUCCAAAGGAGUUUCGGUUUCGAAAUCGAAAUUCCACUUUGUCUUGCAUUCCUCGCGCAAACUGUUCACAAUUCGCUGCACAGCGAUUUCAUCUUCAACUUCAUCACUCUGCCCGGAAAACAACCUUCUUCUGCAUUUUCUUCCGCGGAAAAUUCGAUUUUCUGCAGCGGGAUUUUCCGAAAACGAAUCGUUUUCUGGACAUUGCACUGGCGGCGCUGGUGGUAACGUCUUUUCGGAAUUAUUGUGAUUGUUAGUCAUGGUUA